AAGUUGAGUUGAAUUCGAAUUGAAACAAGUUGUUUUGACCGAACGUUUACCGAGUCCAUAUUGAGAGUUUGGUACUAUCGAGAUUUUGGCCGUGGGAGCAGAUAAUUUGGGCUUAUAACAGUUUUAACGACAAAAUCCAAAUACACUCCCAAGUCCCAAUUCUCGUUCAUUACUCUCCCCUGAGCUAAAAACCCUUCAAUCUCGAGGAGAGAGAAACAAUGGCUGAUCGCCGGCGACUGGCAGCGAUUUUGUCGGCGGUCGUUGACGUCAAACCUCACGAAAUCUCGCCGCUUCUUCACUCCGCUGGAUCUUUCUUCUUCAUUUUGAGUGCAUACUUUGUGGUAUUACCAUUGCGAGAUGAAGGAGCAAUAUCAUUAGGGUUAUCAAAUCUUCCUGAGCUUUUUAUUGGAUCGUUGGUUCUUACUUUGAUUGCUGCUCCUCUCUCUACAUUGCUCUUUUCGCUGCCAAAUCUAUCCAAAGGCAGGGCUCUGGUGUUGAUACACAGAUUUUUUAGCUUGUCACUUGUCAUAUUCUUUGUUUUUUGGCAUACUUCAACAAAUGGAUCUUCCACAUCCAAUAAUAAGGAUUCAGUUGAUGUGCAUUCAGAACAUGAUCAAAAUGUUGGCGGGGAGCAUUCCAAUGUUAUGCACUCUAGUUGGGAUGACCUCUCAUGGUAUUACAUCUCAGUGAGAAUUGGUUUAUUCCUUUGGAUUGCUUUGUUGAAUUUGAUAACUAUCUCUUCAACGUGGGCAAGAGUAAUCGAUGUAAUGGAUAGCGAGUCAGGCUCAAGACUGUUUGGGUUUAUUGGUGCGGGUGCUACACUUGGUCAGCUGUUCGGAUCAUUAUUUGCGACUGGAAUGGCUUGGCUGGGACCUUUUUUACUCCUAGUGGCUGCUUUUCUAAUGGAACUAGCUGCACAGUCUUCUAAAGGAAUUAGUCAAGGCACACCCCAUAUUUCUGAGGAAGACACUCCAAUGAUUAAACUGGAUGAAGAACAAAGUGGAGCGAUAAAGAAAACAUCAACGCCUAAGGAAUCUUCUCCAGAAACACCUCAACUUUUGGCUAUGUUGGAUGGCUUUAGGCUUAUACUCUCCUCAUCUUAUUUGAUCUAUGUAUCACUGUAUCUAUGGCUGAGUGCUGUUGUCUCAUCAUUCUUUUACUUCCAGAAAGUUUCUAUAAUUGCCCUGACAACAUCAAGUGCUGCUGGUAGAAUGAAAUUGUUUGCGGAGAUCAAUAGCUUUAUUGCCCUUUUUAUAUUUUCAGGGCAAAUCACCUUAACGGGUCGCAUACUUACUGUUGCUGGUGUCACUGUUGCUAUUAGCUCUGCUCCCUUAGCUGCUUUAUUCAAUUUAGUUGCUAUAUCUGCAUGGCCAACUUGGAUUGUCGUUGGUGUUUGUGAAACCCUGAGGAAGGUUGUUAUGUAUGUUGUAACUAGGCCAGGAAGGGAACUCCUGUUUACUGUUGUUUCACAGGAGGAAAAAUACAAAGCCAAGGUGUGCAUAGAUGUAAUUGUGCAAAGGCUUGGAGAUGCCACCGCAGCAGGGAUGUUCAAGCUGUUUUUUGGAUCUUUUGAGGGGAAAACAUCAACAAUAUCAUUCUACGCCCUUCCUGUGUGUUUAUUGUGGAUACUUACAGCAUUACACUUGGGAAAUCAACGAGAACAACUGGUAAAGCUUCAGGCUCGUACUGUAACCUCAGAUUGUUGUGAAGAUGAUCUCAGAUGACACAUGCCCAUCUGCUGUAGAGUUUUAGAUUGAACUUAGCUUUAAUGCAAUCACUGAAAAUUUUGUAUACAAAUUCUUGUAGACCCUUUUAAUACAAUAGAAGAAAAGAUCCAAAGUUAUGCAGUAAAAAAAAUUCUGUACAAACACUACCUCUGUUUCACAUUUUUUGCAACGAUUAGACAUUUUUCUUCUUUACUUUAUGUCAAAACGUUGCAAAUAAUAUGUAACGGAAGUAGUAUUUGUUUUUCAUCCAAUAAUAUAGCGUAUCUUAUGUUGCUA